AUGCAUUACCUCCUGGUGUUUGCCUGUGUGGUGUCUAGUGCUGCCCUGGCUGCCGCCUCUCCAGUCGAAAAUGCUCUACCUGGUGGCGCGUUCACCAUCGCGCAGGAGAAGAACAGGCACUUCAGGGAGUGUACAGGGCUCGACGCUCUCCUCCAUGCGUUUUCCAAGUACAACGCGACCCUGACGCCGAGAUUGCGUGCCGCGGUGGAGAUAAAUUCACGUAUCCGGACCAAGCUGCAGCAGCGUAACAACAUGUUCGGGUCUGUCCUGGCCGUGCCGCCGGCGCCUUAUGACAUUGAAUACAUCUCAGCCAUCAGGUUUGGCACACCACCACAGAGUAUUAACAUUGCAAUCGACACGGGGUCUGCAGAUCUUUGGGUCAUGUCGACCGACACGCCUACAGACCAGCAAAACGGUCGGCCAGUCUACUCACCACGCAAGUCAACAACAAGCAAGCUCAUCCCCAAUGCGACGUGGUCCAUCGCGUAUGGCGACGGAUCGGGCGCCUCGGGCAUCGCCUACACAGACCGAGUGCAGCUCGGCGGGGCCAGGUUUGACGCGCAGGUGGUGGAGUCGGCGACAUACGCAUCGCGGUCCUUUACCGACGACCCUUGGAUUUCGGGACUGAUGGGUCUGGGCAUGAGCUGGGCCAACACGGUCCGGCCGCAGCGGGCGCAGACCUUUGCCGACAACAUCAAAGACAAGCUGCCGUCGCCCGUCUUCACGGCAAAUCUGCGGGCCGGCAGGCCCGGAAAUUACAACUUUGGAUUCGUCAACCCAAACGAGUACACUGGUGCAAUCGGCUGGGCGGCGGCGAUACCGUUGCGGCCGUGGUGGGAGGUGCGCGUCUCCGGCAUCGGGAUAGGGGGCGGCCCAUACCUGGCUAGGCCGUUCGCGGCCAUCGUCGACACGGGCACGACGCUGCUCCUGCUACCCGAGUGGAUGGUCAAGCUGUACUACGCACAGGUGGCCGGGGCAGCGGUGGAUCCCUACUGGGGCUCGUGGGUGUUUCCGUGCGCGGCGUCGCUGCCCGACUUCAAGUUCGUGGUGGGCGGCGUCAGGGGCGUGGUGCCCGGCAGGUACAUGCGGUACUGGCAGUACGACGACAGGAUGUGCUACGGCGGCCUGCAAUCGAGCGCCGGGCUGGGGAUCAACGUCUUUGGCGACGUGCUGCUCAAGGCGCAGUUUGUGGUUUUCGACAUGGGCCAGAUGAGGGUUGGGUUUGCGAACAAGAAGUUGCUGUCAUGA